AUGGACAGUAAUGAUGAUGAGCUUGAGCAUGUUGCUUUCCUUGUGUGUUGGCUUAGCUACUUUGUGUUUCCAUUACGUUAUUAUCAUCUCUAUGAAGCUGUGUUUCCGAUUGCUGUUCAUCUUUCAAUUGGUACAAAGAUUGCUUUAGCUCCAGCUGUUCUUGCUCACUUGUAUGCAGAGUUGAGUCUGUUGAAAAACCAUAUUCAAGGUUUCGGCGAAUCAACUGUCAAAACUGAUUUCACUGCUUUGUUUAAGCUGGUUCAAGUCUGGACAUGGGAGAGAUUCAAGGAACUACAGCCAGAGCCUAAGGAGUUGCUAAAAGGUGAGCCAAGAUUGGCUCUUUGGCAUGAGACACAGAGAAAUCUCGACGAUGUGAGGCGGAUUCUUGACCACUCGAAGAUCGACAGUUUUGAGUGGCGUCCCUUCACAAAACCUGUGAAAGGAUGGGACUUUCCUCGGUUUAACCCCGAGAAGGCGAUGUUGGUUCCUGUUGGUCCCAAUCUUGAUGAUGAAUUUAUCUCUUUUGCUCGAUGCAUUAAGGUUUCUGUGCUUGUUGGUAUUGGUUAUGUGGAGCAUUAUUUUCCCGAUCGUGUGGCUUCGCAGUUCGGGAUGCUUCAGAAUGUUCCUAGUCUUGUUACCCGUAACAAACUUUCACAGGAGGAAGCUUGGGAUCAUUACAACAAGCCUAUUGAUGCUUUGGCAUUACACAUUCCUUCUCGUUAUGCAGUACCUUGUGUUACUCCAGUGUUCUGCGAGUGGUGGAGAAAAACGUUUCAAGAAUUUCAGAGUUCUAAAAGUGGGGUUGCAAGAAACAUUAUAGGUGAUGAUGAUACGAGUUAUGUUCCUUCAGGUUCGAAGAAGAACAGACCAAGCGAGGAUGUAAGGAAGACAUCUUCUAAGGAUUCGAGAAGAAAGAGACGCAAGUACAUGAAGCUAGCUCGUGAGAGUACUAGUUUUGUUCCUUCAGGUUCUAAGAUGAACAGAACAAGCGAGGAUAUAAGGAAAAAGAUAUCUAAGGAUUCAAGAAACAAAAGACGCAAGAGAAUGAUGAAAGUUCGUAACAAGAAACGCAAACAAAGGUUGCAUCAGACAAUGAUGAAGAUGAUGAUAGCCUCACCAUUUGAGAGAAAACGAAAGAAGAAGUACAGUGAUGUAAAGAAUAGUAAAGGAGAUGAUUCUGAACCUCUUGGUAAAAAAAGUAGACUUGAGACAAAUAACAAUGAUUCGGGAACUAGUCAAAAGCUUGCUUCGAUAAGCGAUGAAACUGAGCAAAGGAAUGAAGAGACUGACGAAACUGGAAGCAAAGCAGGGAAGAAGAAUAUAGGUCUGAGCCCAAUUGAUGAAACCAACUCUUCAGAUUCUUGUCUUGGUGCUAAUGGAGUUGACAUUGUUGUGUCACCACCAGAGACAGUGCAAAACUGUGAUGAUGAGUUUGAUGUAUAUGGAAGCAAUGCAGAUAUGAUCAAUGAUGGCAGCGAGGAACCAAAUGUUUUGCUACAAGAAGAUGGUUCAAUAGCGGGAGAAAAGGCGAGCUCCGAUGAGAAGUUGUGUAGUGAAGCUGAGAAAGAAGAUGAUGACAUUUUGAUCCAGAAAAAGCUUGAAACAGAUGAGCUACCAAACAACAAUGAACCGACUACUCCUCAAAAGCUUGCUUCUGGAGGAACUAAUGGAGAUGAAACAAGCGAAGCAUAUGAUGUUGUAACUCAAGGACAAGAUGAAGAAGAUGGUUCCAUAGCGGGAGAAAAAGUGAGGUCAGAUGAGAAAGAAGAUGAUGUUGUUGAUAAUGAAAGGUUGGUCCAAGAAAAGGUUGCAAUAGAGGAGGAGAAGGAGGAUCUAGCAUUGAAUGCAGACAACAAUGGGCCAAUUUUACGAGAAGAUGAUGUUGCUGAUGAUAAUGAAAGAUUGGUCCAAGAAAAUGCUGCAAUAGAAGAGGAGGAGGAUCUAGCAUUGAAUGCAGACAACAUUGGACCAACUCUACGAGAAGAUGAUGAUGAUUCCUUCGAGAAGAGUUCGCACGAGAUGGAGGUACUAGUGUCAUCGAUAGAAGCCCGUAUUGAGAAGGCAGAAAGAAAGUUGGCAUGGUUACUAGAGAGGAGAGCCAUAAGACAGAGGAAAAUAGCAGCGGCUCGUUUAAUCAAAAGGCGCGGGAUGGGAGCGGUUUGA